AUGCCAUCUCGGGAAGACGGACUGGCGGGCUGGAUGGGAAAGGGUCUGCACGGAACAGGCUACUACAAGAUCGAUCCGUUCGACAAGGACCCAGACUUCAAGCAGAUCGGGGCGGAGAAGGACGGCAUAGAAAUCAUCGUGUUGGAGAGGUUCGACCCAGCAAAACACGGCUUGGUCGACUCAGCUGUCCUCGGCGAUGUAGUCGUCAAGCCAAUACUCCGCCCGGGUAUGGUCAAGCGGAAAGUAAAAGCCACUCCAACCGUUUAUAGGGAUACUUACAAGGAGACCUUUCAUCUACCCGUGACUCACACCUUUUCCGGCUGGAGUAAGAAGGCACUUGAGGCAGAGUGUGCGAAUCGUCGGAAAGCCAGCACUCUCGCCCACUACGCGAGUUGUUGGUCAGUUCCGAAGCUGAUGGCAACGCUCCUUGAGAACGAUGGGGUGCACGUCGAAGUCAUUCGUGAAGCGCCUUCACAGCAAGACAACUUCAAGAAGGAAGACGAAGAGUAG